GUCGUGGCGAGAACCCGCGGCGGAGUAACAAUCCCCGAUAUUUAUUGAAUUAUCUGGAGUUCUAAACUUGUGAUUGUUUUGAAAAUGGCCGAUUCAGAAGGAGAAUAUGAUUUGGAUUCACUUGCCGCCAUGUUGGACGAUGAUGACAUGACUCCACAGGAUGAGAAAGGGGACUUGGAUGCUCUUGCUGGACUUCUAGAUGAUGAUGGUGACCUCCCAGGGACAUCAAACACCUCCAUGACAGAACCCAGUGCCAGUGCUGAUUCUCCCAAAAACACCAGUAUGGCGGAAUUGGGUUUAGUCAUGUCUGAUGACGAGGAUGAGGCCAAAGCCCCUCCCCAAAAAUCAAAGUCAGGAUUUGGUGCUGCAUUUUCUGGCUCCAAAUUUUCCAAGGGUGGAACAGCUAGUUCAGAAAAGGCUAAAGACUUUGAUCCAUUGGAAGCAGAGCUGAAGCAGAUGGAGGAACGUAUGAAUCUCUUGAGGGAACAACUUGCCAAGAAGAAGAAAUUUGAUCACAAAGGCGAAGACUCAGGUACCAGAAGAUUCACAAAGUUAACCAAUGUAACUCAAGAACGCAGCCAGGUUGUGAGGACUCUAUCAGACAAAGAGGAGGCAAAACUGUACCAAGGACUCAAGAGGAAGAGUUUAUUGCACGGUGGUGAAACCGAUUCCGAAGAUGAAGAUGACAACAGAAAUCCCUUUGAGCAGCAGCUGAAUGACUAUGGUCGAGAAAUCAAGAAACGCAUUGCACACGCCUCAGAUGAGAGGCCACCAGACACACGAAAGCAGGAAGUCUUGAAUAAGAUGAAGAGUCCACCUGCAAAGAACCCGGGGUGGAAGGAUCUCAGUGGGUCACUUGUGUCCUUGAAGAGUGGUGGUACGCCAACCCCUGAAUUUGAAAAGAACGUGUCUGUUGACAGGUUUUCUGGGAUCAGGAUUGUCAACCCCUUGGUAUCAGGAAAUGUGAUGGCUGAGAGAAUGGAAGGUCGAAAGAUGGUUCGCAUGUGCACCAUCAACCUGCAUUUGAGAGGGGGAGAGAUUGAAGGCGAUUGGGUUACCAUUGGAGUUCUUGUAUCAAAAAGCCAAACCAAAACAUCACAGAAGGGGUCACAAUACUCCAUAUGGAAAUUGAGUGAUCUUACUGACUGUACAAAGACUGUGGGCUUAUUCCUAUUCUCUGGGGCUCACAAGCAAUUAUGGAAAAGCAGUGUUGGAACUGUGGUGGGACUUCUGAAUCCUCAGAUUAUGAAAGACAGACAAGGUGACAAGUGCACAGAUUUACUUACUCUAUCUAUUUAUGAUCACAAUAAGGCAAUGAUUAUGGGUUCUUCUAAGGAUCUGGGAUGGUGCAAAGGCAGAACAAAACAGAAUUCCCAGUGCAGAAAUUUUGUAAACAAGGCUUCAUGUGAAUUCUGCAUGUUUCACAUUCAAAGGGAGUAUCAGAAAACAUCAUCCAGGCGUGCAGACAUUCAGUCAUCCUUCACCAGAGUAGAUCCAAGAGCCAGAUUACAAGAAAAGAUCCUUGGCAAAGAUCAGGUUUUCUAUGGUGGGCAGUUGUACUCUUCUCCGGCUCCAGGAACAGCACCGAAACAGGCAAGAGCAAAUCGAGCCAAGGAUUUAGCGACUCUAAACUCUCUCAAAUUAAAGCUGAAGACAAAUGAGCUGAAAGAAGACAAGAAGAAGUCAUUUGUUCUGAAACAUAUGAGCGAUGAAGAAAUCAGUGCAGUUCAAAAUGUUGCCAAGAAGAAUGAAAGUCUGAGUGAAAUGCUUCUAGCACCAACACCAGGUGCACGCAACCUUUUGUGCCACAUGGCAAAGAAAAAUACACAACAAAAAGUAGAAACGGGUGAAAUUCGUAGUGUCUCAGCCAAGGAACUACUUGCUAUGCAGCAUAAGCAGAUGCAAUCAUUAAAGAGACAGAAACAAGGGCUGAGUCAGGAGUCAUUGCCAUCAGCCAGGAGUACAUUGAGCCAGCAAUCAUCACCCUCAACAGGAAGACCAAAGCUCUCGGCCUUCCCAGGUCCAUCCUCUCCCAUGCUAGGCCGAGGCUUCAGCCAGGAGAGGAAUAUACAUUUGGCAAGAGCAUUAGCCUUGGUGCAGAAGAAGGGAGGCAUUGAGGCAUCUAACCGAAAUGAGGAGAGAAAUGCAAGAAAGUCUUCAGACCAAAAGUUCCAGGAGAAAGUGAGGAAGAGACUGAAUACCUCUUCUGAUUCAGAGAGUAAGGCUUCAUAUCCUUUAACAAAUGUAGUUGCUUACAUAAUUAAUCUGUAUAACAUGUUUCGUGUUGAACAACCCAGCAAAAGGUCGAGGUUAGCUGAAGCAGUGUCUUCACCUUCAAGGUCUAAACUGGGAUCCAUUGAUGUUAACUCUGAUAAGUAUAAGGCCAUGCUUGAGCAGAAGUCGAGACACACCAAUCUUAUAAAUGCAGUAGAGGAUGAAGCUGUAGAGAAAUAUUACAAGAACUUGGAAAAGAAAGAGAUGCUUGAAGAUAAGAUGGCCUCCAUCAUGGAAAUGCCAACAACAGCUUACGUGUGUCUGAAGUGUAAAUACAUGGCCCAGUCAGCCUCAGACAUGUGUCGAGAAGAGAACCACCCCCUGAAGACUGUGAAGGCUAAGAAGAGAUUCUUUGAAUGCAAAAAUUGUAAAAGAAGAACAUCAUCCCUGGACAAGCUUCCAAGAAAUCCAUGUGGACAUUGCAAUCACAGUUCAUGGCAAAGAUGUGCAAUGGGCAAGGCUAAAUCUGGACCAAAAUUGGAUUCAGAAAUUUUGUCUUUAAGAGGGGAUGAAUUAGCCCAUUACAGUGCAAGCAGCAAUCAAGUGUAUCUUCACAUUUAGGAAAACUGAAUUAAAUAAUUAACUUCAUUGGAAUAUAA